GCAAAACUACACGCUUUUGUUUUAUUCGCCUAUAUUGUUUUUAAAAGCGUCUCAAGUCGAGAUCGCAGGUCAUUCUUUUCGUCGAUCAUCAUGUUCGGUUUCCUUCGUAUCCUCAGCGCCGGCCUGAUGCUCGUGGCUGGGCUCGCGCAGGCUUCCCCUAAUCCUAUGGCAUGUUCUGGUGUCUGUGGUAAUGCCCACGACCCUUCGAUCUUGCAGAACAAAGCUGGUACCUAUUACCGUUUUUCGACUGGUGGAGGCAUCGCUAUUCAUACUGCACCGGCUCUUACUGGUCCCUGGACCUACAAAGGCUAUGCUUUGAAGUCUUCAAAGAUCGACGGCAACACUGAUCUCUGGGCCCCGGAUGUGACCUUGGUCGGCAACACCUACUACAUGUAUUAUUCUACUUCAUCCUUCGGCUCUCAAAAAUCCACUAUCGGUGUGGCAACCUCAUCAACUAUGGACGUCGGCUCCUGGACCGACCACGGCAGCUCCGGCGUUUCGUCCAGCAGUGGCAAAGCCUAUAAUGCCAUUGACGGCAACUUGAUCUGGGAUGGCUCCAAAUUCUACAUGAACUUUGGCUCCUUCUAUGGAGAUAUCUACCAAGUGCCUAUGAAGAACCCACCUAUCUCGUCCUCGGGUGCAGCAUACAACAUCGAAUUCAACAGUACCGGUACACGUCCUUCGGAAGGUUCUUUCGUCUUUACUUGGGGUGAUUACUUCUACCUUUUCUUCUCCAGUGGCUCUUGCUGCAACCUCGACAAAAAUCGUCCUGCUAAAGGUGAGGAGUACAAAAUAAUGGUCUGCCGCUCUAACAAGGUCAAUGGUGGAUAUGUCGACAAGAAUGGUAAAGAUUGCAGAGCGAAUGGUGGAACUGAGGUUCUUGCUAGCCAUGAUCAUGUGUACGCUCCGGGUGGACAAGGUCUCUAUAUGGACCCAACUCAUGGACCAGUUAUCUUCUAUCACUAUGUCGAUACCACUGUAGGAUAUGCUGAUGGUGAUAAGAAGCUUGGUAUCAACAAGGUGUCUUUCUCAUCUGGAUGGCCGGUUCUUUCCUAGGCGGACUGUCGCACUCGGGUAUGCUAGAGUUCGAAGGUUCCAGUGGUGCUAUGGGUGUGCGGUGGGUGUCGAUAGAUAGAAGGACGGAGAUUCAUUUCUUGUUAAUAUUCCGGUCCGGCUAGUAACUGACAAUAUUUAUCGCGGGCUUGCCUGUUUUAUGUUCAACAUUCCAUGUAUAUAAUUCUCAAAUUAUUGACAAAGACGACUUUCCUUCCCCUCA